AUUUCAUUGAAGAGGCACGUGUUAAGCUGCACAAUCUGAUCUAACCACUGGGAUAAAAGCAAUCGCUAAUCAGUCAUCAGAGACACACUUUCGAGCUACUGGAACUGCUGAAACUUUCGAUUUCUUCAAUAUUAUGAAAGGAAUAAUGAAAACUACAUCGAAAGCUUAGUUCUAUAGGUGCAACUAUUGCAGUGAAUUCAAAAGUUUAAUUUUAGAAAGUGAAUUUUUUAAAAAAGGUUUUAGUAUCAGUCUUAAUUACCGGUUACCCCAACAGACAAGAGUGAUCCUGCACAAGUCAGAGUAGAGUAAAUCGAAAAUCAAGAAAAAUUAUCAAGCCUGGUUUCUUACAAAUUCUUUCCGGAGAGAAUCGUAACCGAAUGAUGGUGUCCCCAGCACAACUUCUCAUCGCACUGGCCUUAUUUGUUCCCGCUGUUUUCACGGCUGCCAUACAAGCACAACAGAACAAUCAUCCUUUAGAAGAUAAAUACCCUGUAGAUUUAACAUCUCAUAAACGCUCAUCGAGAAGUACAGCCGGACAAUAUGAAUUUCUCAGAUCACUUGUUAAUGCAGACAUUAAACUUCGGGGUGAGAUUUUAUCGCAGCUUCGUGAAGCUUUAGCCACCGUUGAUAUCCAACAUAUGAUGAGGCUAAACUCGCAAAUACAAGCCAAUCGUUUAUUUGAAAAGAAUGCGAUGGAGAAAAAGGAUGCUUUUUGGCAGCCAAUGGGUGGCCCUCUGCCGAUUGAAACAAGACUCGCCUCUUUUGGACGACCAAUCGUACAAGCUAAUGCUGAUAAUGGUGCUAAACCCAAUCCUAUGAGAUAUGGCAAAAGGAGAUGAAUAGAUGGCAGCAUCAGUUAAAUCUAUCAGCAUUUAUGUUCUCAGAAGUUUUACACAAACAUGUUUCAAGAGUCAUGACUCAUGAAGCCAAAGCUUGACAAAAAAUUCAAGUGGUUCUCUUUAUUGUUUACUGUUGUUUAUUUGAAUAAAUUAACAAUGUAUGUAUAUUUAUUUAUGAUAGUUAAUGAUAAAUAUGUGUACUGUACUAAAUAGAGUUUAGUAUCAUUUGAAAAAGAAUACAUAUGAAAUAUGAUUGCUGAAUAACAUGUUAAAUGAAUGCAUGCGAUUGUCAGUUUUUUGUUGAUUUCAGUUUAUGUAUUUUGCUGAAGAAUGUUUUUUGGGCCCCUUAAAACCAAAAAUUGGGCCCCUUAAAACCAAAAAUUGGGCCCAAAUUCUCAAAAUUUAAGGCCCAUUUUCUUGAAAAGGCUUAAAAUUAGAAACUUUUAGGGCCCAAU